GACGAGGUUUUUUCAUUGGAUAAUUUAUUUUAUGAAAGACCAGAUACAAACAAAAGUUUGUUGCUGUACGACAGAUGGCAGCAGAGGGGCAAUCUGACAGAACAACCUUCCAUGUGGAAGUGUGUAUGAAGCAAAGGAGUUUGUUGAAUGUUUCUGUGUGGAAAAAAAUCGAACCUUUGAAAUUCAUUGAUGCCAGCUGAACGUGUAUGGAGACCACACAGCAGAUGUGACCACAGUGAGGUGGUGGGUGCUGCAUUUCAGCAGUGCAACAACAAUGCCUCUACUCGUGCAUUUUUACAAGCAUGGCAUGUGGGCUCUUCUUUUUGGCUGGCAAAAAUGCACAGCUGAUGGUUGUGUCUACAUUGAAAAACAGUAUUUUGUAGCUUUUGCUCAAUCAGGUGGCAUUAUCACACUCUUUUAUCUGUGGAAAUAAAUAGAAGGCAUUACUUUCAGAGUGACCGGCAUACUUCUUACAGAUCAUUGGUCUUGUGCAGAUAUUUGGUCUUGUAUGCAUAUGGUAUAUUUCCAUUCAUUAAUUUUAAGCAGAUUUUAUGCAAAUUAUUAUUAUUCCUGCUUUGAAUCCUUAACAUAAGUAACUAUCCAUUGGUAUAACAAACUGCUUUUUUGCAUUUUUCACUCUUAAAUAUUUUGUUGCUAGUAAGAUAUCAAAUGAUAGGCUAAAUAUCAUGAAGAGUAAAUGCCUACAUUAGCCACUGAAUUCAGGUGAACAGUUAGAGAACUGACAUAGUAUUCCAAACAAGCAACUAUUCAGUAGUUCUGAUGCUUCCUGUUGCAGAUGGUUGAUGUUUAUCCUUUUGAAAAUGGGUCAUUUAUUUAGGGGAGUAAUUUUAGAGAAGCCUUUAAAAGAAAUCUUUUUUUUUUUUUUCUUAAUUUAAUUAAUUUCUUAUUUUAAUUCUUCCUUUUUCUUUAUAUUUUUAUUGAGUCUUUUUAAAUGGAUGUAACAUUCAUCUAAGUCCUCAGCUGUUCAUUGUUGGUGUUGCUGUUGGUGUUACAUCCAGCUGUGUUUGCAUCCACCUGCAGCCUGAUCAGAUGGUUGUGGUUAGACUGCUUAUGUGGCUUCAUGCAAGUCCAGGCGAGGAUCAACUUGCUCAUUUGGAUCUAUAAUGAAACAAUGCUCUCCUUCCUCUUGCUUGUAUUAUGGAUAGGAACAUAUUUGUCUGAAAAAUACAUAAUAUUAGCCAUUGAAAAUACUUUUAAAACCACCAUUAGCAUUAAGAUAUCAUAGGUGGAUUUCUUUACAACUGGGCAUACAAUACUGUGCUUGUUAAUUACAUUUGUUAUGUAGCAGAAAUGUGGCAGUUGACACUGCAAAUACUUUUAACAGCGGUGCUCUGCUUGCUCUUAUAAAUGCUUUCACAUGACAUAAUUGCAUGCACUUCCAUGAUGCUUCUAUGGAGGAGGUUCUUGAUUUGUGGUAUAAUCCUGAGAUCUUUUAGAUAGGUGCUGGGUUUAUUUUCUUUGUAAAGUGAAAUACUUGGUAUCUAAAUCUAAACAAAGCUACUGAAUCAUUUAAUGAGUUCCUUUUUUAUAACUGUGAUGUAUUUUAGACUUGAAUUUAAAUUGCAAGAAAAGCCUCCGUUUCACAAUUUUAAAAGAAAUGUUAAAAUUUUCACUCUGUUGUUUUCAAUUCCUUAAUGCUCUCAAGCAACCCAAUUUAGGUGUAUUUUUAAGGAGUUUCCAUACUUUAACUAUGCACAGUCUAAAGCUUUGGAUGAUGAGUAUAAAGGAGAACUUUAGUGAAGGAUGUCCGUUUGGGAAAGUGCCUUUUACCCAUCCUUUAUUCUUAUCAGGUAUGCUUUUUUAAAAGCAAAUAACUUGAGAUUGUGACAUAUUGCGGAGAGGGGAAAUCAGUCUUAGCAGUCUCUAAAAGCAUUUAAAAAUUUUACCCAACUCUAUGGGAAAUACCAGCAUCAUUCAUCACAGCUUCUAAGUGCGAUUUUUUAAGCUACUGGCAUUUUUGUGCUUGUCACAGAAUGGUAGAUUUGCAUUAAUAACCUUAGAGAAGCAACAUUUUUCUUGUUUGUGUGGCAGGUGUAUAGCAAACACAUUUAUUUUGCUCUAAUUUAAGUUUUGCACCUCAUACAAAAUUCACUAUGGAACUAUGUAUAUCAAUGUAAUAUUUGUGUGUGUGUGUGUGUGUGUGUGUCCUUUUCACCUAGACAAUUCUUUUGGAGUGUGUGAACAGGUACAAUAGCUAUGUUAUAUUUACUGCUAUGCCGUUCUUUCCCAGCUUCUUUAUACAGAUAGAAAUUUUGUGAUUUGUGCUCCAACUGGCUCUGGAAAAACUGUAAUGUUUGAACUAGCUAUUACCAGAUUACUUAUGGAAGUCCCAAUGCCUUGGUUAAAUACUAAAGUUGUUUAUAUGGCGCCAAUAAAAGCUCUAUGCAGUCAACGUUUUGAUGAUUGGAAAGAAAAAUUUGGACCCAUAGGACUCAGCUGCAAGGAACUGACAGGAGAUACAGUGGUGGACGAUUUAUUUGAAAUACAUCAUGCUCAUAUUAUUAUCACAACACCUGUAGGUUUCAGUUCAAGUUCUUACAGAAAGAGAAUAAGCAGAUUUAGUGGUCAACCAAUCAUAUGCUGCCAGGUGCAUGUCAUAAAGCAUGAAAGCCGUGGCGCAACGUUGGAAGUUGUGGUCAGUCGGAUGAAGACGGUUCAGUCUUCUCUUUGGCGUCUUUCAGAGAAUCGCCAUGUUCCUCCUUUGAGAUUUGUAGCUGUUUCAGCAACAAUUCCAAACGCCGAAGAUAUUGCAGAAUGGCUUUCAGAUGGGAAGAUCCCUGCUGUAUGUCACAAAGUAGAUGAGGAUCAACGACCAGUGAAGCUACGCAAAAUUGUUCUUGGUUUUCCUUGCAGUGACAGUCAGACAGAAUUCAAAUUUGACUUAACACUGAACUACAAAAUUGCUAGUGUUAUACAAGCAUACUCUAAUCAAAAACCAGUGCUGGUGUUCUGUGCCACAAGAAAAGGAGUGCAGCAAGCUGCUUCUGUUCUUUCAAAAGAUGCCAAAUUUCUACUGAGUGUAGAGCAGAAACAAAGGUUACAGAAGUCUGCCAAUUCGUUGAAAGAUUCCAAGCUCAGAGAUCUUUUGAUGUAUGGUGUGGCUUAUCAUCAUGCGGGUAUGGAGCUUUCUGACAGAAAAAUAAUUGAAGGAGCCUUUACUGCAGGAGAUGUACCCGUACUUUUUACUACUAGCACCUUAGCUAUGGGAGUCAAUCUGCCUGCACAUCUAGUGGUUAUAAAAUCCACAAUGCACUAUGUUGGAGGAAUGUUUGAAGAGUACAGUGAAACUGAUAUUCUGCAAAUGAUUGGGAGAGCAGGAAGGCCUCAAUUUGACACAACGGCUACAGCAGUAAUUAUGACUCGUUUGAGUACAAGGGAGAAGUAUAUACAAAUGCUAAAUGGUGCAGAUAUAAUAGAGAGCAGCUUGCACAAACAUCUUGUGGAGCAUUUAAAUGCAGAAAUAGCAUUACAUACUAUCACAGAUGUCACUGUAGCUUUGGAAUGGAUACGAUCAACAUUCUUGUACAUUAGAGCUUUAAAAAAUCCAGCUCAUUAUGGUUUUUCAUCUGGAUUGGAUAAAAUUGGAAUUGAAGCAAAAUUACAAGAACUCUGUUUGAAGAACUUGAAUGAUUUGUCAUCUUUCAAUUUGAUCAGGAUGGAUAAAGAAAAUAAUUUCAAGCCAACAGAGACCGGAAGAUUAAUGGCAUGGUAUUAUAUUGCAUUUGAUACAGUAAAGCAGUUUUUCAGAAUUAAAGGAACCGAAACUUUGAAGGAAUUGGUUACAAUGAUCUCCAACUGCGCAGAAUUUCUAGAUGUCAAAUUAAGAACAAAUGAGAAGAAAAUACUGAAUGCUUUGAAUAAAGACAAGGACAAAAUAACUAUCAGGUUUCCAAUGGAGGGGAGGAUUAAAACAAGAGAAAUGAAAGUAAACUGUCUUAUUCAGGCUCACCUAGGAUGCAUUCCUGUUCAAGACUUUACUUUGACACAAGAUACUGGCAAAAUAUUUAGAAAUGGCAUAAGAGUUACUAGAUGGUUAUCUGACUUUUUGGCGUCAAGUAAAGACAACUUUUCUGCAUUAUUAAACUCUUUGAUUUUAGCUAAGUGUUUCAAGUGCAGACUUUGGGAAAAUUCACUUCACGUGUCCAAGCAAUUGGAAAAAAUUGGUGUGUCGUUGUCAAAUGCUAUGGUAAAUGCUGGGCUCACAUCAUUUAAAAAAAUAGAAGACAUAAAUGCAAGGGAACUUGAAUUGAUUUUGAACAGACAUCCUCCAUUUGGAAACCAGAUAAAAGAAUCUGUUUUGCACCUUCCGAAAUAUGAACUUAACAUUGAACAGCUUCCAAAAUACAGUGAUACAAUGGCUGAAAUUUUAGUAACCACCAUAUUGACAAACUUUGAGCAGCUACAGACAAGGAGAACAGCAUCAGACUUUCACUAUGUUACGUUGGUUGUAGGAGAUGCUGACAAUCAAGUAAUUUUUAUUCAGAAAAUAAUGGAUUCUGUGCUGCUGAAAACUGGAAAUUGGAUGAAGAAAAUUGAAGUGAAAAGAGCUCUUAAAUCAGAUGACAUUAGUAUAAAUUUAAUUAGUUCUGACUAUGUUGGCCUUGAUAUACAGCAAACAUAUACAGCCUUCUACUUAACACCAAGAGCAGUGGGAAGUAAAGUAGUUACAAAUAAAUGGAAAGCUGAGUCUUCUGUUGAUACAUCUUCUGGCACAGCACAAAGCCUACCAGCAGCAAAAGUGGAGACAGGAAGCAGAUGUAAAGAAGAAAAUACCUAUAAGAAAUACAGUAACAGAGAAUGUAACCACCGCUGUAAAAAUAAAGAUGUGUGUGGACAUGAGUGCUGUAAAACUGGAGUACUCCCAAAGUCUGAGAUGAGUGGAGAUUCAAAGUUUAGUUUGUACCUGGCUGAUUUAAGGAGCAGGAACUCUACUUCGUCUGUACCCCCAGUAAAGCGGUUAAAGAUGCAGAUGUUAAAUCAGGCUCAAAGUGUGGAUCUCAAACAAUUUGUUUUUACACCCAAAUCUUUGAUGCCAGCAUCAUCAAGGUCUGGAAAUGAAGAGUCAUUUUCAUCACAUUCAGUGGACCAGGUAGAUAGUUUUAAUAACUUAGGAAGAUCUCAAAAACAAUUCCAGUCCUGGGACUAUGGAAAGAGUGAUGCUUUGGGUGUGAAUGCUGAACUGAGAGAUGACGUUUGGGAUGAUCUUGAUGAUGAAGUAUUAGUAGUUGCUAGCAACCUUUUCAGUAGAGAAUUAGAUGAGCAUGAAUUGCUUCACAAGUACUCAACAAGUGAAGCCACAAGUGACAUUUCAGAAGACUCUUGCCUAUUACAAAGUGAUACCAGUAUUCAGAACUCAGUUCUCUCUGUGUUUAAUAGCUCAUCAAAAGUGGAAUUAUCUGUACAGAGUGGACAUGUAAAUACGUUCCCUUCUCAAGAAAACAAACAUUCAAAUCUUUCACAAGAGCUGGAAAAAAUAGAAUAUUCUUCAAUUUCAAACAUAAUCCCAGACUCUUCCAAAUUCACUAGGAAAGAGAAUUUUUUUAUUUUCAUGAAGGAGCAGAAAGAAGAAAUGGAACCUAGAUGUCUUCCUGAUGAUGAGACCAGUGAUGUCAAGCCUUUACUUGGACUACUUGAUGACAUAUUUUAAAACAGAAUAUAUUCUAUUUACCAGUAAUGGGAUUACUGCCAUACAGUAGAUCAUUACAUAUUAAAAAAAAGAAAAAGUUGUUGUUUAUUUAAUGGAAUUUGGGUACGUUAUCUCAUUUUGAAAAUUCCUUACAUUUCCAUUUGUUGACCUCAUUGCUUUCAGGAUGGAAAGAAACAACAUAGGAAUGUGUCAGAGGAGCUCUCAUGCUGACGCUGUAAGCUAUUAAUUACAUGGCCUGCUCCUAAGUACUGUUUAAAUGAAUGAAAAACUGUUUCCUUGGAAAUUUCGUAAAGCUUUUUUAUUUUGUUUGUCAGUUUUUUAACGCUGAGUUUUUCUGAUUCUGUUAAACAGUUGGAUUUAAAAUAAAGAGUGAUGGAAUAGUAAGUUACUCUAGGCUGUUACUCCUUCUGAUAGUACUACCAGCUUGUUUAAAAAAAACAGCUGCAACUUCCAUCAUGUUAGCAUCUGUCCUAGAUCUCAACAGAACAGUUAUUUAAUGUCUAUAAAAAGUAUUCUAAAGCUGUAUUUAACUGUUCACUUUGGUACUUGAUCUCAUAAAAAAGACCUGUAUGCAUCUCUACACAUCUCAAUACUUAGGCAACCAGGUACUGGAUUUGGCUAUCUUCUUACAGCUCUCGUGUUUGAACAAUAAACAUCGCAUGUUCAUUGGAUAGAAAAAUAUGAUAUUCUCUUCAUCUGGAUUUUAACUUCUAAUUUCAUCCAUAGUCAGAACACACUAUAGUAAAUGCACUUCAAUACUUUCAAGGCUUUUUGAAGUACAUUGCAUAUGGUUUCUAAGAUCAAUUCCUGACUAUUUUUCAUAGGAAGCCAUCCGCCUACAUAUCUUACUUGGAAAAUUACAAAAAUGUGCUAUUGUUACUGGCAACACUUCAGAAAAUAUAUUCAAUACUGCAGUGCCUUUAUAAUAAUGUUGAACACUAAUGAAAAAACAUUAUUUCAAAGAUAAGUAGUUUAUUUGUUGUUGUUUUAAUUUAUUAUUCGCAUUAGCUUGAUGUCUCUUUACAGUAUAAGUCACUUUCAGAGAACCAGUUUGGUGGUACAAGUGUUCACUGUCUCGAGAAGGAAUGAUUUUUUCAUAUGGUAACAUCUUUUUUCUUAUUGUUCCAUUUUUCAAAUCAUAAUAGUUGGAAGAUCAAAACUGAUAACCAUAGUGUAUUUCCCUGGCAAUAACUGUAUUCUGAUACACAGUGACUAUGCUUCACAACUUAUGUGGACAACUGACUGCAGAAUUAGAAAUAUCUAUUCAAGGUUGGAUUGUUUGUAUGGGCUUUCUUGUUGCUUUUUUGGGUUUUUUUCCCCCUUGUUAUUUUUUUGUUUAUUUUUUAAAUUAAAACAUUCAAAUAGAGGUAACUCACAGUUACUCUACUAGUGCUGUGUUUAGACCAGCAGUCCCAGGUAAGCAAAUCUUAGUCACGUGUUAUGACACGUAAAAAGCAGAGUUUACCUCCUCCAAACCAUCUCUGAUUUCCAUAGCAGGAACUCUGGUGUUUCUCUGCAGAUGCUAGAUAUGAACGACUCGGGGACCAAAAUCCUACUCUUGCCCCAAAAGGAGUGCAUAGACAAAGCUAUUAAGAGCUCUCUAAUUUCAGUCAUAUAACUGAAUAAUCUAAAGGUUGUAAACCUUGUUUACCAGUUUGCCCUAAAAGAGGCAGGCAGUGUUAGAAGAGGAUUCAGAUUGUAAGUGGGCUGAAUUACUCUCUAGUGGAACCAUCAAAUUAUGUGAUGAUGAAAGUGACUAUGUGCAGUUAGUGCGGAAAAGCUGCUGUGCUCUAAAUAGUAAAUUAAAUAAAUAUUGCUUCUCUUGCAUAAACGAGGUGCUUGGGCUCUUUUACCCCCAUAAGGAUGUUAUUUUUCUAUGUUGAAUGGUCCUAUUUCUGGACAGCAAAAGAUGGCUGUGCCCCACUGAUUUUGCUGCAUGCAGCUUCCUUUGAGGUGCCUCGUUGAUGAUAAAAUAUACUAAUUAAAUUCACUGUAAGAUUGUUUCAUUCAGCUGCUUCCCAUUGAUAAAAUACUGACUUAAAUAAAAAUGUUGUGGAGGGGGAUGAGGGGAUCUUGUUAUUUUUUUAAUUUUGCAUAGUGUUGUAACAUUAAAUAAGUGACUUGAGUUUGAAUCAUUUGAAUUGUAUAAGUAGUUCUUUCAGAAUGUCACUGAUUUUAUUCUGUGGAUGAUUCUAUAAAAGGUAUGUUAUAAAAAUACUGUUUCCCACAGUGGAGCCAUGAAAGAAAGUUCAGUGUGACAAGAAGUCAGAUUUUACUGUCUUACUUGUCUGAUACUCUGUAAUAAAAUACAUGCUCAUACCUGCUUUUAAUUUAA